CAUUGAGAGCGGCCAUCUUCUCUCUCCAGGCUUGAGAAGAGAAGUGUUGCAACAGAUAUGGCUGACUACUCGAACGUGGCUCCGCCGUCGGGAAAUGGCGCCGGAAUGAACGACGCGUUUAAAGACGCACUUCAGCGAGCUAGACAGAUCGCCGCCAAGAUUGGGGGUGACGGUGUACCCUCGGCGCCCUCAGGUAAUGAGUUUGGCUAUGGAGGCCAGAAGCGGCCCCUAGAAGAUGCCGAUGACUGUUGGACCAGUCUAAACAGUAGAACCCAUCGGGAAGGAAUGAGCUCUCCUUUCUCAGACCAACCAGAGACCAAGAAGGUGGCACCAAAUGACCCGUUCUCAGCAGCGAUGGGUAUGGGAGGGGGUGGUCCUCGAUCGUCUUCAGAGGAGUUCAAGGUCCCUGACGGAAUGGUUGGAUUCAUUAUAGGAAGAGGAGGAGAACAGAUAUCCCGUAUGCAGCAGGAGUCGGGGUGCAAAAUCCAGAUCGCCCCUGACAGUGGAGGAAUGCCUGAUAGGUCGGUGACACUGACGGGAUCCCCAGACUCAAUACAAGCUGCCAAGAGGCUGCUAACGGAGAUCGUUGAUAAGGGUCGUCCUACUCCAGCAUUCCACCACAACGACGCCGGCGGUCCUGGUAUGUCUGUUCAGGAGAUGCUGGUCCCUGCCUCCAAGGCUGGCCUGGUCAUCGGGAAGGGAGGAGAGACCAUCAAACAGCUGCAGGAGAGAGCCGGGGUCAAGAUGGUGAUGAUCCAGGAAGGGCCUCAGAACACGGGCGCAGACAAACCUCUACGCAUCUCUGGGGAACCUUUUAAAGUCCAGCAAGCCAAAGAAAUGGUGAUGGAGCUGAUCAGAGAACAAGGCUUCAGGGAGCAGAGGGGAGAGUACGGCUCCAGGAUGGGAGGAGGAGGAGGAGGAGGAGGAGGAGAGGGCCUGGAUGUUCCUGUCCCCAGGUUUGCGGUGGGAAUCGUGAUCGGGAGAAAUGGAGAGAUGAUCAAGAAGAUCCAGAGCGACACAGGAGUCAGGAUCCAGUUCAAACCAGAUGACGGCAGUACCCCGGAGAGGAUAGCCCAGAUCGUGGGUCCCCCUGACCAGUCCCAGCAUGCAGCAGAGAUCAUCUCUGACCUUCUGAGGAGUGUCCAGCAGGGGGGGCCGGGGGGGCCUAACGGAGGGGGCAGGGGGAGAGGCAGGGGGGGUAACGGGGGCGGUAACUGGAACAUGGGUCCUCCAGGUGGACUGCAGGAGUUCACCUUCACCGUCCCUACCAUGAAGACUGGACUCAUCAUCGGCAAAGGAGGAGAGACCAUCAAGGGCAUCAGCCAGCAGUCUGGGGCUCGUAUUGAGCUACAGAGGAACCCUCCGCCCAACUCAGACCCCAACAUCAAGAUGUUCACCGUCCGAGGAUCGCACCAACAGAUAGACUACGCACGACAGCUGGUCGAGGAGAAGAUCGGGGGUCCAGUCAGUCCAAUGGGUGGUCCCCAAGGUCCGCCAGGCCCCCACGGCGGUCCCUCUCCCCACGGGCCCCGCCCUCCUGGACCUCCUGCUCAGAUGGGGCCCUACAACCCCGGUCCCUACAACCAGGGACCCCCAGGACCACAUGGUCCUCCUGCUCCCUACCAGCCUCAGGGUUGGGGCAACGGCUUCCCCCACUGGCAGCAGGGACAGCCUGAUCCUGGUAAAGCUGCAGCUGACGCCAACGCAGCGGCCUGGGCAGCGUAUUACUCCCAGUACCAACAGCAACCCCAGGCCCCCAUGACACCCACCGGCGGCGCCCCAGGGAGCACACAGGCCAACGGGCAAGGUGACCCCAAGGGACCUGGUCACACUGGACAGGCAGAUUACUCCAAGGCCUGGGAGGAAUAUUACAAGAAAAUGGGACAGCCAGGCCAGCAGCCACAGGACUACACCAAGGCUUGGGAGGAGUACUAUAAAAAACAAGGUCAAGCGGCCCCGCAGGCGGGAGCAGCGCCAGGUGGUCAGCCAGGUGGUCAGCCGGGUGGUCAGCCAGACUACAGUGCUGCCUGGGCGGAGUACUACCGCCAACAGGCUGCGUAUUACGGACAGGGAAGCCCACAGGCCAUGGGGGCACAGCCACAAGCACCUCAGGGCCAGUAAUGUGAAGUGGACAUAAAGUAAAUGCUACAUUGUGGAAACAAAACAAACCCCUUUGUUAAAUGUGUUGGAUGGUGCAGAUGAUGCCUUGAAGAUCUUAAUUUCCCCCCUUGGUUGGUUUGAAGUGUUUCACAGUAGAUGUGAUGGCAGCGGUCUGUCUGGAGACACAAACCCUUCGUCCUUUGAUAUCUAUCUUUUUGUUUUUCUAGUUUUGUUUCUUGUAAAUGAACGGUUUGGUUUUUUUAGUGAGGUAAUUAUGUUAAUUCCAGCCCCCUGUAUCUUAUCUUUGUCAUACUGUGUGGUUAAAGAGCUCCUGUUAUUAACUAGCUAGUUGUUUACCGUGGAAAAAUCAUCUCCAUUUUUUAAAUAAUAUGCCUGUUGUGUUUUGCAAUAAAACAAAGUGAAACCUCCUGUGUUGGUAAGUUGGGUUGGUAAUGGAUAUGACAAUGUGAACUCUACUUCAAAUCAUGUACCUUUUUUUGUUUGUUUUUGUUUUACCAUUAUGGCAGUGUCUCUCCGACUCUACACAGCUCUUGGUAACUUUACCACGGUGUUUUUAGAUGUGCGUUCGUCUCACUGCUUUUUUUCACCGGGGUCCAGUUUCGGUGUUCCCCAAGGUUCUGUUCUAGGACCACUAUUGAAUAGAAAAAAUGUCCCCGUCUUUCCUCUUGGUGAUAUUAGCCUGUUUUUCUACCUCCGUCUACUGCUCUGUAGUACUAGGCAGAUGUUUGUUACACCGUAAUGUAGUAUUAGUGGCUUAGCGUUGUGCUACAUCUGACUCAUGCAUUACCUGCAGUGUUCGGGUUGUUGCGGCAUCUCUGUCAAGCAGCUGAACGUAUAAUCUUGCCUGGUGUGCUGACUGACUGACGUGGUGUCGUCUCAAAUGGUACCCUAUUCCCUUUUAAUAGUGCACAAGGCUCCCUAGAGCUCUAGUCAAAAGUAGUGUGCGAUUUUUAUAGGGAAUAGGGUGCCUUUUGAGACAUCCUGAAGCGGACUUUGUUGUGGUAACUUAGUGUGCUGCACUGUUUUCAUAAUAUGAGUAACUUCCUCCUUCACAGGCAAGUUUAGACGAGCGGUAAGCAAAGCAAGUGUAUAUAUGACCUUUUUUUUUAAAAAUCCAAAAUGUUCCUCAGAAAAUGUGACUCUCACGUCAGAAAUGUUGCAUUCGUUUUUUUUAUUAUUAUUAGUGCAUUUUUUGCUGCUCCCUCUGUCUCUUCUAGGACGUGGUAAACUGACGUGGUAAACUGACGUGUUCUGUUUUUGCUGUAUUGCAUUGCAUUCAAACGUUUGUUCUCUUCCCCCCCCCCUUAAAAUGUAUACAUUUCCUGGCCUUUUGAUACUAUAAAAAACGUGAAAUGCAAAAGUGGUAUUUUUAUUUUUGCUCUGCCCAUGCAUUGUUCUGUUAGUUUAUCCAACGGAAGAACGUAGGUUGUCUGUAGGGCCGAGGGGUGGUCUGAGCUGGUCUGAGCGGUACCAUCAGCCAACAGGGUUGACCUCUGACCUCCUACUCUGUAAGUACAAUACUGUGACUAUAUAUAACAAACCCAGUUACUGUAAGUAUUAUACUGCUAUGACUAUAUAUAACAAACCCAGUUAUUGUCUGGCUGUCAAUGUAUUUCUUUGACUGAUGAUUACAAAACGAUUGUUUCUGUCAAAUUGCACUUUUUUUUUUUUCCUUAAAAAAAAAAAAAAAAUACUGGGUAAGUAUAAAAAGUUAUGAUAAAGUACAGUAUCUUGGAAUUGUUGUCAUUCUGAAAUUAUAAACGUGUCUUUUGACCAUUUGGACUUUUAGAGUACAUUGAAUAUUGCAUUGCAGUUUGUUCUAUCCAGGCUCUGUUGUUUUUAGGUAGGAAAGUGUUCUACCAAUAAUAUUUAUUGUAUUGGUCAUUUACCAGUCGGACUGUUCAGUUAGCACUCUGAACUGAGGCGUAAGGAUCCCUUCCUAUCGAAGCAGAAUGCUUUGUGCAGUGGUUCAUUUUAGGAAUGUUAGAAAGUGCUUGAUUUUAGAUAACAAUAGUUUUGAAGUGCCGUUGCAAGGCCAGAAUAGAGAUGUAAUUAUGAAUUUAUUGAAUCAUUAUUUGAAAAAUAAAUGCCGUUUUGAGUCUUUAAGAAUUUAGUUGAUAUUAGAAAUGCAUAUUUUCACUGCAGUAAUGGUGUGAUUCAGUCUGAAAUGUCUUCUCGUUUUCCCCCAUGGUAGCAUGUUGAAGUUGUUUCAAUGCUGUUUUUAUUGAUGUCUCCCAUCAGCAUGUUGGGUUGUCAUUCAGUAGAAUGUUCUACAAGUGCUUCUGAUUCUAAGUGAUGCAGUUAUUCCAUUGAUCUGCUCUGACAUGCCAUUCUAUUGAUGUUGAGUGCUGUUGUUCUGAAACAAAACUUAAGGCUGUUUUGAACUGAGUGAGUGGCAAAACGGCGCAAUAUCAUAUCUGUGUGAUCUUUGCAGUAUCACUGUCACCCCCCAGACCUUGACCCUUAGGUUCUGCUGCGGUCACACAGGUAAGCGACCCUAAGGAAAACACCUGUGUUCUGACCUGUCAUAUAUACAGGAUAUAUAUAUAUAUAUAUAUACCCAGAUGGGAUCCGUUUAUACUCACCUGAAUUUGCCUGAUAUAUUUCUGCUUACCUGUGCUGUUUCGUAAACAGUAGCUGUGCUAAGGUUAUUUUAAUAAACCAUGUCCAGGUAGGAUUUGUAGUGAUAUCAACCGCUGUUUUGCUCAUAGUAUAUUGAUGAUAGUGCUGUGAUCUGAUGGUGAUGAAUGACUUGCAUGGUACUUCAUGAGUUGUUGUAUGGUUUGUUCUCGAGAGCAGCGAUGUUUUUUUCCUCUUAGCCAAUGCAAUGUGGUUUGAUUGCUUCUCCCAACUGACUUAUCGUAGGACAAUUUGCAAAAACGCGUUCUUUCUACAUGCUCUUUUAAGUUCUCAUUUUCUGAGGUCAUUUUGUUGUCAUUGAUAUACAGUAUCCCCCCCAUGAUGAGGUAUAUUAAUAAUGCAUAACUUGGUAAGUCUCUGCAGUGUGAUCUGUGAUGCAUAGAGCUCGAGCCCUGUACUUUUUAACAUUAAUAUAAACUGCAUACGGUCAACUGUCAUAAAGCCCAGUGUGCAUAUAUGCGUACGUGUUUAAGUCUACAACCGUUUCUAAAAGUACACCUGCACAUGAUGCUCAUGCUGUUGAACUGACUUGACUCAUUGGUGUAAUUUUUUUUAAAGCUGUGAAGUGAAAUAUACAUUCUAUAUUGCCACAAUGCUGCAGUGCUGUUACGGUGUUCUCAUAAAAACCCUGCUGCCUGCCUCCACCUCUCACUCAGAUGCUGUUGGGAGCCAGAGAAGGUUCUAGAAGCCAGCGUAGGUUCUAGAUUCAGGAACAGGAACCUGUAAAGUUUGUCCCUCUCGUAAAGGAGACUGAGAGAGGCGUCCUUUGAGAGGCUGGUGAUCAAGGUGUAGGUGACCGUUCGAGAGCGAGCUCCAGAUAAGGUAAAAAAAAGCAAAGCAAAUGAAAUACAGAAUUCUGUGAUUUGCUAAAGUUACCUGCUGUUUGCUAGUUAGGGCUGUCUUUUUUAUUUUUUAUUUUUUGGGGUCCAGGCCUCUCGUCUUAACGCAACAUGCCGUAGAAUUUCUGCUAGUUGUCUGACUGAACUGAUGUCUAGUGUUUCUUCAUGAUGAUUCUAUUGAAUGCCUUCCUUUGCCCACUCACCCACUGGGUGCGUCCCAAAUGAAACCCUAUUCCAUAAUAGUGCCCUACGGGCCCUGGUCAAAAGUAGUGCACUAUAAAGGAAUAUGGUGCCAUUUGGGAGGUAAUCACUGUCAUGAUAACUAGAGCUUGUUGCAUAGUUGAACCACCAUCAGGACUCUAAAGUCCACCAUUUUUAGUUGCAUAUGCUUCUAAAUAUUGUGUGACCUGACAUUUAUUUAUUUAUUUUGUGAGCACCAGUGUGUCAGGGGGAAAUAAAUCACCCAGAUAAUAAUUGUAAUGAUGGGCUUCGCUGGGCCGUUGUUUCCGAGUGCCCUUGAGGGGGGAAAAAAGCCAGCGCAGAUUCACUCAAUCUAAAGCCUACAUUUUAAAGAAUGCAUCAGUGAUUUGUAUUUCUUGCACAUUUCUGAAGAAGUAACGACAUGGGAACGCCUGUCAAACGACUUCCUGUAGCCGGUUAGUGAUGCCGUCAUUUCUAAAUGCUUUCUCAUAAAACUUUCCAAAUUUUAAAUGUUAACUGCAACGUAGGCUUAACUAGCAAUAAUGAUCUAAUGUUCAUGGUCUUUUGUUUUGCAAACUGCUAUUGAAUGCAGUAAAGAAACACCGCCAGCCAAACACCUUUUUUGAGGUGCGCAAUUGAAAUUAAAGGGUAACUAUACCCUCAAAUAUUUGUAUUUUCUUCCCCAGACCUCAAAAGGCGUCUCCUGAUGUAGUUUAAGCAUUGCUGUGGACUUAGAACAUCCAAUUAAUUUAUUUUGUGAUUUUGAGUGAACCUUUAUAAAGUAAAAAGGGGCAAUCCGACACCUGGAAGAACUAAACCGAGAGUUUUAGAUUUUGGUGUUAUGGCAAAUGUAUUGGUAUUGGCUGGUAAGAAUUUGAGUGGCUGGUAAAAAAAAAAAUAGAAUUGCGCUGGUAGAUAGUUUUUCUUCGAGCGGUCACAGUGACAUUUUUUUAAGACCUGUUCAUAAACCGGGUCGUUCCAAAUCCACACUCAGGCGUUUUUUUUUCUCAGUCGUAUUACCUCAACUAGUUAGUUAACAACCUGGUUACUUUACCAGUAUAUCCAAUCACCUGGGGGGCACAGAAGGAAAGGAAGGGACACCAACGAAUGAAUGACUUGCAUGUCUCAUCACAGACUUGAUGCUCUUAAAGAGACGGUGUAGGAUUUUCACUGUAAUGGAUCUCAACAGGUAGUGCUAUUACUCAAUGUAGAAACCUCAUAUUCCAUAAAUUACUAAUUUCAAUGGCAGGUUUUUGUAUCAACAUUUUUAGCUUUUUUACAGGGUUAAAUAUUAGUUUCUAGAGCUCAACAUGUGCUUCAAAAGUAGCUAGAAUGCAUAAGGCCCAUUUAUUUUAUUUAUAUUUUUUGAGAUGGCAUAAUCUUCUGGUGCUGCUAGAUUUUUUGCUUUAGGAGCACCAGUGCUACCACCGUUAAUUUUAGACCACUGCUAGAGAUGGUUAUCUGAGAAGUAACCCGGGAACUGCUGUUUUUGUGAUUUUUCAAAUGUCAAGAUCUUUCAACCCUUUCGGCAGGAAAUUGUAGAGUUGGCUACUUUCUAGUUUUCACUUAAUUCAUUAGAACCCACACGUCCCUUUUUAGAACCCACACGUCCCUUUUUUUACUUUAUGAAAUAAUGCAAAAUUAGAAAAUCACUAGCAGUGUAUUCUCUGUGUGAGAUGCUCUCUCCUCUGAGCAAAGUGUUAAGGCAGAGUUUUGGGUUUUGGGGGCGUAGAAGAGUAAAUCAGAAUGGAGAAAUGUGGAUCAUGCCUUAGAGGUAAACAAAUCAAACAGGUUUCAUGUGAUGCUUUAUUAUCAAAUGUAUCUUUUUUUUUGUUUGUUUCCUGUCUUUUUUAAAUGACUGUGCAUCUUUGUUGCCCUGUGCAGUAAUAAAGCUGUUACAUUUA